AUGAGCACCGGAUUGUUUGAUCGCCAGCCGUCAAAACCGCAGGCUCGCCCACUGCUCCAGUUCAAGGCGGGCAAGAUGACCAUGAAUCCGGAUAACAGUGUACACGCAGACGCGCGUAAGGGGUGCGCCUAUCUCUACCAGACCUCUGGCGACUACAGCGUCCAUUUCUGCUGGUUCGACCGCCGUACUGGCCUCAUUGAGGAGAACUUUGUCCUGGUACCACGCGAGGCAGAGUUCAAGCCCGUGCCACAGUGCAAAUCGGGUCGGGUGUUUGUGCUCAAGUUGAGUGCGCCGCAGCGGCGCUUCUUCUUAUGGAUGCAGGAACCCAACGCCAACAACGACGCUCAAAUCUGCGAAACGGUCAACAAGUUCAUCAACACCCCACCCGCACCCAUCGGCAGCUCAGUUGCUGGAAGUUUGGUCUCUUCGCGCUCCGCUGGACGCAUGGCUGACUUUUUCAGUGGAAUGCGUGGCCUCUCUGGUAUAAAUCAGAACGAUCUGCUCACUCUUUUCUCCAUGGGCAUGGGAUUUGGAAUGCCUUCAGAUGGUGAAAGGUACAUUACUUGA